AUAAUAUAAUUGACAUCAUGGCGGUAACGUACACAACAAUCAUUCUGUUAACAUUUGGACUUUGCGAAGCAGCCUACAAGAUAUGCCCAGCAAUGUCCGUUAACAGUACUCACAGUGCUUUUGGUACAAGCAACUACGUUCAACGAGGCCUAUGGCACCAAGUAACAUGCCCAUCCUUCCGUCCCGAUGAGGCUAUUAUUCGGGUCAUUUGGUACAAGCAAGAAAGUCCCACGACCCCUGAGCAAACUUUGAUUACUCACAAACGUAACGAAGACUUUCCAGAGAGCGACAGGUACGCGUUCGGGACGUCUGGUUUCAGCCUCGUCAUUAAAGGUGUCGAAGAAAGUGAUGAAGGAGGGUACGUGUGUCAAGUCAUACCAAGUGUCACAGCAACUCGAACCAAAGCAACCAACAUCCAAACUAUAGGCGGUACCUUUCCAGGAGGCAGCAGUCAGGCAUCUUCCACUGCUACCUUCCAGCGAGGUCGCAGACAGACGCUACCGUGUGAGUGCGCGUCACAGACACCAGACGUAGUGUAUUGGUCAACGGGAGAUACUACAGAUACACAGAUCAUUGGUGCACGUUUCUCUAAUGGUGCUGCCCUGCAGAUCCAACAUGGCGCCGAUUACAGCAUUGGUAGCGACGCUUCGCUUACAUUGAACUCCCUGAAUGACGUACAAGAUACACAGACAUUCUGGUGUCACGUGUUCCAGUCAGAUGGUACCCUCAGAAAUUGCGACACUAAUGCCAAGAUUUCAGGUAAUGUGGAAUCAGCUAGCGAUGCACUGAAGGCCUCGGAAAGAUCUUUCUACCUGCGAAGCGACACACAGCAGAUACUCCCUUGCCUGAGCUGGACACCUGGCGACACAGCUUGUGAGGUGGAGUGGAGUAAGCUCGACAACCCAGAUCGACAAGUCCUCAGUUACAACCUGUCGACUAGUGUCGUCGAUUCUAGUCCUGAAUUCGAUCUCGCCAGUGACUUUGGUUUGGUGAUUCAGUCAGUUGAUGAUGACCAUGCUGGAGUGUAUCGAUGUGCUGUGGGAGAUGAAAACCAGAUAGAUGUUGAAAUCCGAGUGAUAGGGGAUCGCUUUCCAUUGGAUGGCGGUAGCGCUACAGAAGGUAAAAGCGUGACCGUUGAACCUGAAAGUAGAUUUUCCCUUCAAUGUCCGGCUCUCUCAGACAUCUCCUUGACAGGCAAAUCAACUUUGUUCUGGUCCUUUGGCGCCAAUGAUGCAGAGUCUACCACUGUGAUCAGCACACUGAAUCUACCAGAUGGUCCCAUAAAGAUGGCUUAUCUGGGAAAGGACUGUCUAGGCAUAUCAAUGGAGGGCGCUCUGCUUCUUAAUAACUGUUCCCUAGAAGAUGAUGUCAGAUACUGGUGUCAUGUCUUCCCUGUGAAUGAGGAUCUGAUGCGGUCAUACGUGGAUGUGUUAAUAGAGGAUUCAAACGAUGAACCUGAAACAUUCAAUAUCGUUGUCAUCGCCAUUUCCGUGUCUUCAAUCGUCGUUCUUCUUGGAAUUUUUCUUUUCCUGAUUUGGAAGCGGUGUCGACGGUCUUCGCAUUCUAGAGAAGACAAGGAGAGAGGUGGUUACACACCGCUGGAUGAGCAAGAGUCCGUACCGAAGUUGGAUUUUAAGACGCUUGCGAAGAAGAUCAAAGGGUUUGUGAUCAGCAAAUUGGGCAGAAUUCCUAUUACUCCGUGGGUUGACCAGGAUGAUGUUUGCUUCGCACCGAUAGAUACAGUCUACAGACCCUUAGAGAUGUUCGUCAAUGUCUCACACGGAGGUAGCACUGUAAAGUAUCAAUUAGACUCGGAGUCUGGUAUCUUUGAUGAUGGUAUUCCAGAAUUGGCCAGUAAGCAUGCUAUAAUACAAGGUAGACGGGGUUGUGGUAAGACUACGUUUUUGUAUAGACUGAUAUACGACUGGGCCAUGGGAAGAGAACGUGCACUAUGGGGUGGUGAUCAGAUAGUUGUUCUUGUCCCAGCUUGGUUGCUUAUUAAAGCUAAAACCAUCGGUGAAGUAGUUGUUGAAUGCAUGCUUAAAAAAAAAGCAGACAUUUCGGCCGAAGGCAUUAACGCACACUACGCACGAGACAAAAGCAACCUGACAAUUUUGGUAGAUGACUGUAAUGGCAAAGAUGACAUUGACGCUGUCAUGAAAGUAUUGACAGAUAAUGAAUUUUCUGGCUGUCAUUUAGUUUUGACGACUAGAAACGCAGAGCUGGCAAUAGCUGCGUCACACAAACAUAGCAUGCGCCAUGUCACCAUUACCGGCUUUACGCUCAGUAAUGCUAUCGAAUACAUCAAUGCAGUUUUGUAUACUGCUGAAGAAAGACGGCAAGCUACCCCUGAGAAAAAGGCAGUAAAGAGUAAAACUGAAGCGAAAUCAGUCUCGACUGUGAACAAAAACAUCGAGCAACAUCUGCCGGACACCAGACAGUCUUCAAAAGUGUCAACUCUUCAAGAAACUAAGGAAAGCCCUGCCACUGACGAAAAUCUUGAGAAGAUAGAAGCACCCAAAACACUUACCCCAAAAAAGAAACGAAAUCUUCAUCGAUAUCUAGAAGAGGAAAUUCUUCAAACGGAUCUUUCAUGUCUACCAGCUGUCUUGGUAGCUCUCUGUCAGAUGUCAAUCUGGACAAAAGGUGAUGCCUUUAAACCUGAUGUUACUGUGGCAAAUUUGUUUUUCAGAAUUGUCAAGUGCAUGCUCGACAGGAAGAAAGGUCGAGGAGUUGGUGUCAUUGAGGGAAAACAACGCAGUCUUUUCACGGAAGACCAACUGGACGUACUUGCAGAGCUUGGUAGAGGGGCUUAUUCAAGGCUGGUUGACAGUUCUGCAAAUUAUGCAGACUACUCGAAAGCGGACUUCUUGAGUUCGUUAGAGAAGGGAGAGCACGCCUUGGAAGUUGCAAAAGAAGUUGGACUUCUUCAUCCAUUGCAGGUUGAGUCCAAGGUUGAAUCUACGGAGCAAAUUACUGAGGCAUUUUCUUCUGAGUUAUCAGAAGUGGAGAUACGGACAGGGUGUCUUUGUUGUAAGCGGAAGCAACAGCAACAAAAUGGGACUGAACGAGAAACCAUGCACCAGGAUAUAAAACUCACUCCCCUGACAAGUCCGAACGAAGAAAGGGCUUGUUUUGUCUUGGAGAUUCUUGAGCAGCUUUGUCAGACCACAGGAAAAGUGAAAAAAUGGUUCGAAGACAUCACAAAGAUUGGCCACAGCGAGAUUCUCAAGAGGUUUUCAAAUGUAUUUCAGUUCGCCAUCCAGGAUAAUCAGUUUGACAGAGAAGCUCUUGUUGAUUAUUGUGCAGAGAUCAUCAACAGGGGAUACAGUCAGGUCAGGCCCCUCCAUGUUGUGAUGCGAUUGGAGAAGUUCGUAGAGUUGUGUCUCCAGGUGAAUUUUGAGGGCCAGUGUGAGGGGAUCCUGAACAAAAAGCUGAUUUCGAUAUUUCCUGACGGGAGGGUCCGCUUAAUUGGGAUAUCGAGUUACAAACUGCGUCUGUUGUCAUACCUACUCGAACAUGCUCAGUCAGAAGAUAAGAGUAAACUGAAUGUGAAGUCGGUUGAAUUGUUACGAAUUGGUCGAUAUGACUGGUCAGAGCUUCAAGAAUACAUUGAAUAUUUUACUGCUGCAAAAGGGGAACAUGAGAAGAAGAAGAAGGAGAAGAAUGAUAAGAAGGAGGAGGAGAAGAAGAGGAAGAAGGAGAAAGCUUUGGAAACCAAAACGGAAGGUAGUCGGCCAUCUACAACUGGAACCAAACAGGCAAGAGAUCCAGCACCACAGGAAGAUAUCGAGAAGCUUUCAACCGAUGCAGUGGAGGUCAAUUCCAGCGAGCCUCUGCCAGACGCAGAAAAGCAUCCGAAAUCUGAAGCUAGCCAAACAACAGUCCAAAAUCCACGAACCGACAUGGUAAAUUCUUCCGUGAAAAGAACCAAACAAACCAACAAAUCCCCGACCAACAACCAACAGUCUGCUGAUCAACUUCAACAGCUGGAUAAUAGGCAAAAGACUGUCACAGACGUCGGAGGAACCGACAUAAACAAUAGACCAAAAUUGGAAGCCCUGCAAUCUUCACCUCCAGAUGCAAAGUUUGGCAAUUCGAAAACUCUUUCAUCCGACUCUCGAAUCGGUCUUGGAAAUGCACCUGAUUCAAAACAUCAACCUGAUACGAGACGUUCAACUGAUGAUGACAUUCAUCAGCCUAGCGCAAUUCAAUCAAGGGCAGUUGAUGAGCAGCUCUCACUCCCCGGAGAAGGGGAAAACAAAUGUGAAGAUGUACUGCUUCCAACACAAUCACUAUCAGUACCCAUGAUAAGCGACUCAUCACUCGAGGAUGAUGGUAAUGAAGGUGGAUCUAAAGACUUGUCUGUAGAUGAAGAUAUUGUAUCCUUUGAUGUAAUUGAUAGUAACAAGGAUCUGGCUGUACUCAAAAAGCUGCGUGAAAGGAUAGAAUCAAGCCACCAAGACAUGCCCCAGUUUCCUCCUGACGAGUCAGACAUCAGUGUCCUUAAUACUUUGCAGUAUUUUGGUCUACAGGAGCUCUUAGAGUCACAGGCAGGGGAGUGCUACUCAUCGGGUGCAGCAAGAGACUUGGCUAGCUACCUUCCUCGUCUGGUAAUGCUGGAGAGUCUGGUUCUGGUUGGGACGAUUCUGAGUUCAGACGCUAUUUGCGACUUGGCGAAAAGGGCUCACAAACUCCGAAACUUGAAGAAGCUCGAUCUGCGUCUGAAUAAGCAAUUCGAUGACAGAGCCUUCGUGGCGGUAACAAAUUUACCUCUACGUCAGUGCAAAAAGUUGAGGGAUCUCAGACUGUCUCUGUGCAAAGUAUCAAUUCAAGGGUUUGAUCGUGUACAGAAGGAAAUGAAGAAGGAUGGCGAGGACUCGUGGGGAAGAUUGAAGACACUGUAUCUGCUGCAUGGAUCACCUGCCGAGACGUUUGUAGGAUUCCUCAGCAAAAGCUUAAAAUACUUCCAUUUUGUUGAAUGUUUUCAUCUUUCAGCCGCCAUUAAGAGUGAAAAAAUACAGGACAGAAAUCUGGAAAUGUUCGAGCAAAAUAUGAAAAAUCCGAAAUUCAUGACAAAUCUUGAAGCCCUAGACAUUGGCAACAUGGAGACACUGAAGGUAAAAAUGGCCUCUUUGAAACUCCCUAAGAGGAAGGGAUCUGGAAUCUCUGAAAAGGUUCUGACUCUUGUUUCUGCUGUAAAAAAGACAGCAAGCGACAUUGCAAAACCGGUGGUAAAGCAGGCAGCAAGCGGGAUUGCAGAAUCGGUAGCAGAAACGAUAGGUGGUCCAACUGGUGCCGUUACGGGUGCGGCUGUGGGAGCUGCGAUGGAGGUCGGUGGUAACGUUGUAUCGCCUGUUGAUAACAGUCACUUUAGUGUCGGAACGUUCAACUGAAGUCUUGGAGAAUGAUGGUGAUUUGUUUAAGGUUUUCCUCCAGAUUACGUCUUUCUUCCAUAUUAAUCGGGGCCACAAACCGCAAUAUUAACACCAAAUUAUGUAUUGGUGAGCAUGCAGAUACAUCCCCAUAAAAGUUGCGCUGAAGCGAGGGGAGGGGAUGUUAUUGUUUCGGCUUGU